AUGGUAAAAUAUAAAGAUGCUUUGCCCGAUCUUCUAGAACAUAGUAAAAAAGAUAACCAUAUUUUAUCUGGUAAGAGAGUAUAUGACUUUUUAGCUUAUUAUGAAAGCGGAGGCAAAAUAGGCAUAGAUGUAGUUCUAAGUGAUCAUAUGUCACAGAUAGUUGAACAUAAUCGUAAAAGACUCAUACCAAUAAUCAAAACAAUUUUAUUUUGUGCUCAAAACAAUUUGGCUUUACGUGGUCAUAGAGAAUUAGGAUCAUUGAGUGAAUGUGAUGUACGAAAAGAGUGUCUAUCCGGUAAACAAGGACUCUUACGUGCCUUAUUAUCUUUUCGUAUCGAGUUCGGCGAUAAAGACCUUGAGUCUCAUUUCGACACAGCUGCUAAAAAUUGUACUAUGAUUAGCCCUACAAUUCAGAAUGAGAUCAUGGAAACAAUAGGUGACAUCACAAAAGACAAAAUUGUUAAUAGAAUUAAAGCUUCUAAAUACUACUCCAUAUUAUGUGAUGAAACCACUAAUAUAAGUACUAAAGAGCAAAUGACUAUAUGCAUUCGCUAUGUUGAUACAUCCAGUUCAAUUAUUAGAGAAGAUUUUAUUGGUUUUGUGGAAAUGGUUUCAACUACUGGAAUUUCAAUAAAAGAAACACUAAAGAAUAAAGUGGAAAAAGUUGGCUUAUAUUUUGAUGAUCUUAGAGGCCAAGGUUACGACGGGGGAUCCAAUAUAUCUGGUAAAUAUAAUGGGGUUCAAGCACUUAUAUUAGAUGAACAACCUUUGGCUUUCUAUACCCACUGUUUUAGUCAUUCUUUAAACCUCUGUCUCUCAAAGGCAUGCGAGGUAUCAUCAAUCAAAAAUAUGAACGCUUCUAAACUUGAAAUUGAAAGACGCAUACCUCGAAUUUGUGGAAGACAAACUGCCCGAAACAACGUUCAUGCCAAAGAUGCAGAGGAAUAUUAUAAAAUAGUUAUAUUUAUACCAUUUCUUGAUAAUUUAAUCUUGCAGUUGCAUUCAAGAUUUGAUAAGAGACUAGAAACAAUUAUACCAAUAGAAGGAUUCAUACCAUCUAAUUUGUCACAUUAUGAUGACCAAGCAAUUUUACCUGCUGCUUCUAUUUACGAGGAUGACUUUUUAGCCAGAUGUAUUUAG